AUGGGACGAGAAGAAUUACGCUUCAAGUCCUUCUCGGAACGUGUUGCUGCGAUCAGUGUAGAUGUCAUUCACCGCAUCAACCGCAAUGCGUCUGAUGGAACGCAUGCAGAGACUCACUUCAGGGAAACGCUCGACAAAUGGCUCGAGCUAAACUGCACUCAAGAGUUCACUCAGCUUGUCGAUCUGGUCGGCCCAGAUGUCGACACUCUCCCCCAACUGGUCCUCGCCAAAAAGGGCAUUUCCAAGCUACUGCAACGUCAGCUUUCUGAGAGGGGUUCCGCGUGCCUGGAGCCAAACCUCGAACUGGUUGUGGCCCUUGCCCGAGACCUUCAGGCAGAUUUCUAUCCUGAGUUCGCGACCUUCUUCGAGAUCAUCACGAGCACCCACCUCCAAGACCGGGAUGCGGAGAUUAUUGAACAAGUCUUCACCUGCUUGGCGUACCUCUUCAAAUUCCAAUGGCGGUUCAUGGUCCCUGACAUCGAGCGAGUGUUCGUCCUGUACGAACCUCUGCUCUCGGAGAACCGCAAGGAUUACAUGAAAGCGUUUGCAGCUGAGAGCUUUGCGUUCUUGAUGAGGAAAGUUCCGAAAAAAGCCGCUCUCCUCGAUCUUGUUUUCAGCCGAGCCGAGGAAGAUGAAGGUCUGGCCAGGGGCUUUGGCGUUCUCCUCUUCGAAAUGAUCAAAGGAGUCAAGACUCGUCUCCACUCGUGCUCGGAGGAAGUUUUCCCGCUUAUCAUCCAGAGAAUCGCUCAAAAAGGCGAAUCAUCAGAAACAAGACUGACGAUCGUGAGGACCCUACUAGAGCUCCUGUGCAACCACGUUACCACUGAAAACAUAGGCUUCGUAUGGAACACACUUCAGGAGGCCUUGCUAUCGUCUGAGAAGCUCUCUGCGAGUCAUUUCGCCGCGUUGUGUCAGUGCUUCAGAGAGAUGGUUGCGUCCAAGAAUGGGAAACUCAUCAUCGAUCCUGAUGCGGUCUGCGCAACAAUUGAGAAGGCAUUCAGCUGCUGUCCUGAGGAAGCGUUCGCGCAUUUCUUGGAUACAGUUGCUCUUGUUUUGUUCACCUGUGAAAGUCGAAAUUCUUCAGAGAAAUCACUGAGUUCCGUGGUAGAUGCGUUUGUGGACUCUACACAAGCAGCCCCGGAGGAAGCUCUGAUCGAUAUGCUCGAGAAAACUUCAAAGCUCUCUUGUUUCGAGAAGUACAUGAUCCCAAAAUUCUGGAGUUACUGCGAGAAACUGGAUUCGACGAUCGCACUGCAUCUGCUGACAAAACUGGAAGAGUUAGCAGCAACGAAAAUCCUUUGCGGUUCCGAUGUGAAGCCAUGGAAGCACCUACACAACCUGCAUUUCGAUCCAAAGUCUCAUCUGGUUUCCGUUAUCGUAGAUGGACUAAGGCUCAGGGAGCCGAAAAUGGGAGAUAGAGGCGCUCUUGAGCGGUUCUGGGAAUCUUGCGUCUUGAUCCGCCACCUGAGAGGAAAUCUCCUGUCGGAGAAUGCAGGGUUCCUGCUCGAGAGAGCUCUGAAGUGUCUUUUGACAGUCAAGGUAGAGAACGUUUGCGAGCUCCACCUGGUUUGCGUCCAAGAAUGUGUUCGUUCCCUCGUGUCCUUCAAGAAGAAAGUCGAUCCCGCUGGUCUCAUAGCGCUAUUGAAGAGCUUCAAGAAGCCCUCCGUCCUGAGAUCAAUGGAUCUGGCACUGCACAGCAUCGGGAAGACGGAGAAGCAAGCAUUCAGAGAAGAGCUCCUCGAGGAACUCUGGUGGCAGCUGGCUUCGCCCCACGCUAUCGUCAGAUUCUUGACACUGAGAAUCUUGUCACAGUUCGAAGCCCCCGAGGAGAAGGUUCCGAAGGGCAAGAUGUCGGUUUGCCGCUAUAUGUUGGCCUUGGAGAGCGUUGCUGUGACCGUGCAGGAGUUCAAGAACCGAACGAACCUCAUGGAGAAAUUGAGAUUCGAAACAGUGUUGAAGUGCUCGGUCGAUGCUGGAAUGUCCCGUUGCUCAUUGGCAUUCCUUUUCGGUCAGUUGUACAUCAACUUCAGCCAGCUCUGGCCGACAGUGAAGGAACUGAUCGCUUCCUAUGUCGAUUACGAGCUGUUCUGGCAAAUCUUCGAUCGACACCUCGGAGAGACUACUAACAUCGUCCUUAGCGGUAUCAGAGGCGACAACGACACCGUCAACGAGUCCUUCGACAACCCAGUCCUCAGGGAAAUCGUGAACGUCAGGGAGACCUUCGAAAACACAGAUUACGAGCUGCAUAGAGUAUUCCUCUGGAAUGUGAUCGAACUCCUAGAGAACUCAGCUGUUUUGAGCGAGGUACCCCGCCGACAUUUCCUCGAAUUCUACGAAAGAGAAUUCAGACCGAGAUCGGAAUUCAUCGCGAGCGAAAAUGUUCUUCUCAACGUCGAACCCGAAGAUGAAUCCAUGGAAGUCGAUGGAGAACCUCAGAAACCAUCCAACGUUGUAAAAAUUGAUCUGGAGGGAGCAAUCAUCAUCGACGAGGACACCGACGAAGAAACCGAUCUCGGACGAGACGACAGCCUCAGCGUCAGUGGAGAAGUUCAUGCGAAGAAGCGCCGCCGCUCGAAAUACGGCGUUGCGGCUGGUCAAGGGAAAUUGAAACUCGGUUUGACGAGAAACCCCAUAAAGUGUCUGCAAGCGGCUCUCAGCGCUUUGUUGAAGUCCGAUUUGAAGAAAAUUGAGAAUCGUAACGAUAUCGAAGCUUGUUUCAUGGACCUUCUGAUGCUCCCCGACGCCUCGAUCCAGAAAUUGGCCGUGGAAUGUCUCUGCGCUUGCGGAAAGAAGAUUGUUUCGAGUCACAAGGAGAAUCUCGUGAAGCUCCUCGACGACAAAGAGUGGAUGGGCGUUUUAAACGACUGUUUCCUCGCGCAUCGACCGACGGACGAGGGUGAUCAAGUCGAUACGACGCAAUCGCGAGCCAAAAAGCUCAAGAACACACAGACAUCACUGUCGGAUAAGGAGCGGAAAAAGAUUUUGCCCUUCGUCAUGAGACUUCUCUUCGGCCGAAUGCUAACCAAGAAAACUGGCCAUCGCUCGAAAUCUCGGACCGCGACUAAGCAUGAAGCCGUCUUACGCUUUCUGGCGAGCUCCCAACAGUCUGAUCUCCUUUACUUCAUCGAACUUAUCAUUCUACCGCUAAAAAAGUUCCUGACAAUCGAACUCGGUAGCAAUUCCACUUCUGAGGUUCUCGAGACGUUGGCCUUCGAUCCGGAGAGGGCAAUGCCCGUGCGUCGCCUGAAACAAGUAUUGUUUAAUAUCCGAAACGUCAUCAAGCACAUGGCUGGAGUUCUCCCAGAUUUCCUGCCCCUGCUGCUCAGAGCCGUCCUGGUCAUCCUGCGCUACACCAAUCUCGCGGGCGACAGAGCCGCCGAGGUUCAUAUGAUCUACUUGCAGUCCAUGAAACGUAUCCGACUCCUCUGCGUCGACAUCUUGCUGAUCUAUUUCAACGACCUCGACCACUACGCAAUGGAUAUCAUGGACGUACACGCGUUCUUCGACGCCUAUGUCUGGCGCGCGCUCCAGGAACACGGACGGAACCCAACGGACGCCGCGGCUCGAGUCUAUCGUUUGGUUUCUUGCUUCGCGUCGAAGGAGCGUCUCCAAUUUCUGCUCGCUCUCAGGAACCGGAACGACAUAACGCGAACGAUCAUGUCUGAUCUCAUGUUCAUAUUGCAAUUGACGAACACCACGGAGAAGGUGGUCAAGCAGAUAAAGAACGUGGUUCGGCUCCUGUUGAGCGACGUCGGGUCCGAAAGCGGGGCGGCGCUCAUCGCCCAUGACCCCGACGACGUGGAGCUGUCGGACAUUUCAGAGGCCUCACUAGGAUUCCGGGUGGUGCUACCGUACACGUUCAUCUUGCUCUCGAAGCCUUUCUCUCAGAUCGAGCAGUCGAAGAAACCCCUCGAUCCCCUCGAUCGCUUCAUACUCUACAAACUCAGCCAGUACAACGAGGACCGUACGUUGGCAAGCCACAUGCUUGCUGUCAUCGUCCCCAGCUUCUUCAAGGAGAGGAAACUCAGUAAACAAGGCGAAGAUCGAUCUCAAUUCGAGACCUUGACCAUCAUAAAACACGUUGCCGCAAGGGCGGACUCCCUUGAGAAAGUCUAUCCGUCGUUGUGCCGCCUCUGGAGCUCUGUCACCGACAGAAGCGGGAGGAAUGUUCUCGUGGAGAUCUUCGAAACUCUCUCGACGAGGAUCCCUGAAGUAAACUCGAGUAUUUGCGAAAUCUUGAAGGAUGUCAAUUCGUGGGAUCCUCGAUUGGCAGAAGAACCUGAUUACCUUCGUCGCAUAAGAGGCUUCAGAGAAUUGGUCGCUUUGAUCGAAACGAUGAAAACUCCAGCCGUGAAUUCCGCGCUACCGCUGAUCCAUAAUUGUCUCUACAAUUCGAUGACCAGCGAUGAUUUGUCUUUGAGAGAUGCGGCGACGUACGCUCUCACGAAGAUCAUCACCUUCUGUCACGACCUCCUCGACGAGGGUCAUGAAUCGUUCUUCCAAACGUGCGUGGAACAGGAAAUUUACGCUGGGCUCCGGAAGGGCCUUCGGAGCUCUAGAGAGACCACGCGCCACGAAAGCGUGAAGCUCUUGUCGCAUAUUUUGACGACUUGCAAAGAUCGUAAAAUGUUCGAGGAGUUGAAGAGUUUCCAGGACACAGAGAAAGAGAAGGACUUCUUCGAAUGCAUCAUCCACGUUCAGAUCCAUCGUCGGGCUCGAGCUCUGAAUCGACUCUCCCAAGUCCUGGCCAAGAGAACCGUAUCCCAGCGAGUGAUUCAAGACGUUUUCCUGCCUCUGACAGAAUCAUUCGUGCUGAAAGACGAAUACUCGAAACAGAACAUCGCUGAAGCCGCCAUUGGAAAUCUCGGGGUCUUGGCGAAAAAGCUGCCCUGGAAAAGCUACGCCCGACUCCUGGAAAAAUAUAUCGUGUUCUUGGGAAACAAAGAUCUCUGCGCCGUGAAAUCCAGUCAAAAACUGGUUGUGAGAAUCGUGGUCACUUUAUUAGACGCCUUCCAUUUCGAUUUGAGUCAAACGAUCACAAUCUUCGAGGAGAACAUGACGGCGAUGUCAUACGGCAAGAUGAGUCUCGAGGAUAAAAUCGCCCUGCCGACUCCCGAUGUCCCCAUAUCGCUCGAAAAUGAAGUUGACCUCGAGGCCGAAGGCGAGGAACAGCUCAAAACGUUGCCGCUCGAGGAGGCGUCGGAUCUUCCCCCGGACGGGACGGUCACGGUUGUGGACGUCAAGGUGGGGAAGGAUAUUCUCGUCACCCUGAAAGAUCUCUUGCUCACACGACUUCAAACAGCCAUCGUUCGAAAGAGCUACUACUCUCAAGACGAAGAGGACGACAACGAGGAAAAUGAUGUCUUGCGAGUUCCGAUCGCGGUCGCCAUAGUCAAGCUCCUCAGUCUUCUACCGAGCAAAAUAUUCCUCCGAAAGAACCUCCCAUCUGUCCUGCUUAAAGUGAUCGUAUUCUUGAAGUCCAGACUUCUGCCGGUGAGAGAGACCGCGCGGGCCGCUCUGGUGAAAAUUAUCCAGAUCUUGGGACCAUGUUACCUGAAAUACAUGAUCCGAGAAAUGCGUUCGCUUCUGACGCGGGGCUUCCAAUUGCACGUCCUGUCGUUCUCAGUCCAUGCGGUCCUGGAGGCCGCGCGUCCCCAAAUGCAAACCGGUGACCUGGAGGAAUGCGUCGAUGACCUCUUGGAGAUCUGCAUGCAGGAACAGUUCGGCAUCAUCGCCGAUGAGAAAGAUAUCACCGGGAUCACAGUCAAAACAGAUGAAGCCAAGAAGUCUAAGUCGAUAGAGAUGUUCCGCAUACUGGCGGCAGUGGUUUCAGACGAGCAGCUCCAGACAGUCCUUGACACGAUCGAGAACAAACUAAUGACUAGCAAUAAUGCUAGAACGCUGGCCAAGUGCGAAAAGAUUCUCGAGGAGAUCGGUCAGGGAAUCGAACGCAACGAAGGCCUGAGCAAAGCUCGGAUCCUCAUCUUCUGCUACAAGCUUCUGAAAGAGAACGCGGCUCGACUUCUCGUGACUGACCCGGUUCUUGCGAAAGAGAUCGGCGCAGAGGCCGAGCAGAAGAACGGGCAGAACGUGAAGAAUGAACCCCCUAUAGAAAAGCCAGAUGUCUUCCUGGUUCCGAAGGCUCCGGCUCGAGGCGCGUCCAUCGCCCUCGUCUCGACCAAAGCUAACGUACACGUGCUCAUAUGCACUGCCUUGAAGGUAUUGCGGGAUCUUUUGCGCAAGCAUCGAGGUGCUGAGAUGAACAAACUGCUCGGCAUGUUGAACCCUUUCGUCGAAGCCUUGUGUAGUCUACAGCGCUGCUCCUACGUCAAUGUGGUUACUGAAGUCAUGGUAGUCAUACAACAGCUGCUCCACUAUCCGUUGCCAGCUUUCGGAGAAAAUCUCCCCGUGAUUGUGAAAAGUUCCAUGGGCAUUAUCCAUAAAUACCUCGGGACGACUCAGAAGGCUGGCGUGAAUUAUCAAAUGCUCAUCGCCGCAUUUAAGACUGUUCGCUGUAUCCUGGAAGAACAGAAGGAUGCGCAUUUUACUGAAGAGCAAUACAAAAUGCUUCUGACCUACGUCGAGUCAGACAUCUGUGAUGUAGAACGACAAGUCGUAGCUUUUGCUCUACUUGGAACGAUUAUCGGAAAGGGAGUGAACUUGCCCGAGCUCCACAAGUUAAUGAAAAAAGUGGCUGACAUGUCGAUCCAGGAGCCGGUGGCCGUGAUUCGCAAUCAAGCUCGCACAAUUUACCAGAAGUAUCUUUUUGAUUAUCCGAUCGAGCCGAAGCUGCGCGAGAAAUGCGUUUCCUUCUAUUUGGGACAACUUGAGUACGCUGUCGAAGAUGGUAGACGGAGCGCCGCAGAGAUGGUUUACCAAAUCAUCAAGCAGUAUCCUGAGUCAAUCCUCAUCAGACAGAAUCUCUUGUUUUUCGUACCCCUGGCGAUGAGCCUGGUGAACGACAGCUCCGAAAUAAUGAAGAAAAUGACCUACGGAUGCUUUAAGUGUCUAUUGACCAAGCUCGAUGAAAACACUCGUACAUCGCUUUAUUCCUUGACGAAGAAGUGGAUCCAGGAUGUUUCAAAAAUGCAAAAACAGUGUCUAGGUGCUCAGGUCGUGGGCUGCUUUGCGGAGGUGGAGAAAGAGAGCUUCGAGUUCCGAGCAGACGAUUGCCUCAAGUUAAUUAUCAACCACCUCAAAGCGGAAGACGAUGGAGAAGAGAUGGAUAUUGACCAGAAAGACGAACGUCUUCGGGACCGUAUGAUCUACUUCCUACUCAACAGCACAGUGAAAAUUUUGACUCAUGUCAAUAUCAUCGUUUCACCGGUCCAUUCUGAUUCAAUAGCCAAGCUCUUGGAUUAUUGCAAGAGCUUCCUGCUCCAUCCGCAUGCCUGGGUUCGAACAUCUUCCGCCCAAAUCUUCGGGCUGCUUUUUGCUCAGUAUGAGCCGAAAGUCAUCGCUGAAACUCUGGGAGAGGACACUAGUUGGCUGACGCGAGGAGGUCGAGAAGUCCUGGAUGAGCUCAUAUUACAUUUUCUGGACCAAUUCCAAAGUCGUCAAGCUCCUCUAGACCUGUUGAAUCAAUUGACCAAGAACCUGCUCUUCGUCGCCAAGGUCUUGCUAUACUUGGAUGGGGUCGAAGAAUCGGGGAGCGUCGCCGAUGCUUCAGACUACAACGAGAGUCAGUCGAGGCAUCGGUCGUUCCAGUGGUUCAUGUAUAAAAUCGAGAAAGAGCUCAAGAGCUUGGGUAGCGAAAGGACACCGAAUCUAGAGAAGCGGACCUGUCUAUAUAAACUGCUGGCUGCGCUAGCUUUGGAAUGCCCCCGACAAGUUCUUCAGAGGUUCUAUCAGAAUUUCCUCGGACCGGUGGUCAGGGAUCUCGAGGCUAGCAGUGGCGAUAAAGAUGCAACUUUCACUCAACUUGUCAAGGAGGUUUCGCAUAUUCUGCGUAAACAGAUGGGCUACGACUUCUAUCAAGAGAAGUACGCGAGUCAGCUGACAGAUCGAGCUCGCUUGAAGGCAAGGAUGAAACAGCGUAGGGCCGUGGAUCGGAUGUUGGAUCCCGAAAUGGACCUCGAACGCCGCGAGAAGCGUCGCAAAGCUGAAAAAGCCAACAAAAAACUGAAAUGGCGCGGGAAUUUCCCUGUGAAAUCAUCUUGAGGGAUCCUCCAUUCGAAGAUGCUCCUCCCUGUACAAAUAAAGCGCGGGUAUCUCGU